AUGGCGACGCCUCUGGCGCAGUUCACGUGGUCACCGGCCUUCCUCACAGCGCUGCAAGCCGCGGGUGGCGGCAACUCGGCUGACGUGCUCCCGGCGUUUGCACUUUGCCACAACACCACGAAUGCAGCACCCACGACACUAGUGGCGUGGGCCAAGUACAUGUCGGGCAUGCAGUGCCUUGGCGCGAACGCGUGUCCGCUCAACUGGCUCGGUGCACCCGACACGUCGAGUGCUGCGAGCGCCGUGACGCUUUCAUUUGCUUUGACGUCGGUGCUUGACUCGGUUGCGCUACCCCCGACGUCGACGCCCUUCGUCUUCUCCGUGGGGGCGGCCACCUUUACGUUUCCGAAUGUAUCGACCUCGACCGAUUUCGAGGCGCUUGCGUCGAUGGUGCGGGCGACGCGAGUAGGUGUACGCGGGUGCCCUUUGAACAUCCGACCGACCGUCGACAUGACGCUGCUGUCGUCCAGUCGGCAGCUCCAGCUCCAGUACACGGCGAUGCCGCCGCUGGCGCUCCCGGUGCUUCUCGAGCCGCUCAACGCCGUGCGAUCGGUGCUCUCGACUGGCAGCUUGCGCGUCAACGUGGUGCCCUACGAGUCAAAUGCGUGGACACCAAGUUUAUCGGGCGAAGAGAUGUACGAUCCGCUGUGGACCGUGACGCAGUGCGCAAGCUCCUUCAACCUCACGUCCAGCUUUCUGAGUGGCUCCGACUACCUCGGACACCUGGCGAUCGCAACCGAAGCGCAGAUAGAGCGACUUGUGGCAACCUUCUUACCGGCUACCGCGGUGACGUGCCUCGCUUCAAUUCCCGGUGUCGUCAUGAACGCGUCCGUGGAGAUGUUUCUAAACGAUGUGCACUGCGCCGCCUUCGUGGCCUACCCCUGGACGUCGUUGCUCAACAUGUCGAGCGCGUCGGCUCUCCAGGUCGCCUACCACGCCGACGUCUGCCCGCUCUACACGACCCAUGGCAAGACGUGCAUUGAGACGGUGCUGGCGCCGACGAUCGACAGGCUUUUCGAGGCGUCCGGAGGCUGCUGCGACGCCUUUCACGCGGUGCUGAAGAGCAACUACUCGGGCGAGAACGCGAGUCAGCUCGUGCGCCAAAGCACGCACCUAUUCUUCUCGGCGCUGUGUGCGCCCGCACCGGCGUGUGCAUCGUCGAUCCCGUGUACUUCGGCGCUGCUCGCGCAAUUGGCACCGCCUCGUGCGACGCAUGCGUGGUUUGAACCGAUUCUAUGGUCUCUUCAAGUGAGUUCGAGCCAAGCGGGUGCGCUCUGGGCCGGCGAGACCGUCGAGACGACCUCGGACCGGUCGUUUUCCUUCCCCGUUUCCGAUCUGGUCCACCUACCCCAUGACACGUAGCACAACGGUUUCUAUGUGGUACAUCGAAACGAUAUGGACUAGAGGACAACUUGUCCAACUUAUUCGCCCCCAACGCGUCAACAUGUGUCGAGGGUCCACAUUUACUGCAGCUGGUCAACGACAUUCUCGACAUGUGGCACCCAUGGCCCCAGUCGUGGUCCUGGUUGCGUGCGUGGACCAAUGCGUUCUAUAGCAACCUGGACUAUAUCUUCUCCAACUGGAUGGACAACCAGUGCUACCAUAUUCCCUUGCGCCACCCAGCGCCGACGGCAACCAGUAUUUCCGUAUCAAACGUCGCCAAUCAUACCUCGCCGAAUGCCACGGCCGUCAAUGCGACGUCUGGGAGUGGCUCGAGCACGUUCGACACCAUCACUACCAAUACACCGACAACGGCGGAUCCUGCAGCGACAAAUGCACCAG